AUGGCCCAGACUCACGGAACUGAACUCGGAUCCACUAAUGGGGUAAACGAGUUAAACGUUCCUCGCCGAAAACGACUCAAGGUCAGCGUCGCUUGCAAUCCGUGUCGUUCGCGAAAAAUCAAAUGCGACGGGGGUCGCCCAGGACAGUAUUUCGGGAGUAGCAGUGCUGGCUCCUUUACUAGUCAAAUCAGAACAGCCAUUGAUGCACGACUCGGUGUAACAACUUCUCACGGCACCUGUCAUCCCAUCAGCCAGACAUUUACUCCCUUUCGGAAUAGGAUAGAACACGCGCGAGAAAUUCCAGAAAUAGUCAAUUAUGUUCUACCGCCGCGUAGACAGGCAGACCAACUUCUAGAAAUAUAUUGGCGCUAUGUCGAUCCACUUUACCCCUUUUUAGAUAAGGAGAACUUCGAAUCUUCGUAUCGUUGUUUGUUCAACGGCACCCCCUUGCAAGUUGAUGAACGCAUAUUCAUGGCAACGCUUAACAUUAUCCUGGCCCUUUCAACUCAGGUACAAGAGACGUCGGGUACUGAGCAUAGAGAGCAGGCGUCAAAGGCCUUUUUUGACAGGGCUCAGAAUCUAUUACGUCUCGACAUCUGGGAUGCAGGCUCUAUCGAACUCAUUCAGUACCUUCUAAUCCUAAGUCAAUACCUUCAGAGUACUAACAACCCCCAUCAAACAUGGAUGGUAGUUGGGACCGUAGUUAGAAUCGCACAAGGUCUCGGCCUUCACUUACCAGAGACGUCCAUGGUAGUCAUUGAUAUAAAAACGAGGGAAUUACUUAGACAGCUAUGGCAUGGAUGUGUCCUUAUGGAUCGAAUGAUAUCAGUCACACAUGGAAGGCCGACUAUGAUAUCCGGUCAUCUCGCCUCGGCCGUUCCACUUCCCCAAGACCCGCAAACAAUACUCGCAAACGACACCGAUGGAGAACAAUCUGUCAGAAUUAAGCCUAGAAACCGACUGGCGUUCUUCGUGAAUUCGGUGGAGUUAUACGAGAUAAUUAAUCAGAUCAUCGUUACACUCUAUACGACAAAACCAACCGUCAAUCGAAGUAGAAGCUCAUCGCACUCUGGCCCUUGCCAUAGAAUCGCAGACGACCUCGCAGCUGCAUUAAAUCUAGACGAAUCUUUGAAUACAAUGGAAAAGGAAAUUCCUCCUGAACUGAAGAUAACUUCCCCAGAUGUUUCCAAGGAUACCACUCUCCAUAGACAAGCUGUCAUCAUACAUAUUAGGAUAUUACAUGCCCGUAUGCUUCUCCUUCGACCUAUGCUCGCCCAAUUCUGCCUGUCUCAGAGCAGUAAGGAAAGAGUUUCCACUAACAAAACCCUCCUGAGUCGCACUAUGGAACAAUGUGCCUUGGCAUGCGUGGAUAGCGCUCAUAAAAUGAUUGAAAUAAUCUAUGAGCACCAAAAGAGCGACGAUAGCAUUGGACUCUUACCGUCAUGGUGGUACCGAGUCUUUUAUGUUUACACGGCAGCAACCGUCCUCCUAGCAGCGAGACUUCGUCGUGAGACGUUCGCCACUUCUAGCAUAUCAGAUCCAUGGAAUAAAGCCAUGUCUAUUCUUCGGUCGCAUGAAAGAUUUGGAAUAUCAGCACGCCGCUGUGGGGCGGCCUUACAAAUUCUAUCUUCGAAAGUGAUGAACGAGCCUAACGAUGUAGGCAGCUCGGGGGCUAGCACCGGAGCUAGAGCUUUCCCAAACCAGACAUUUUCACCAAAUGAAGCUUUUGAUAUGCACUUUCACGAACCUAUAAAUCCAACAGAUUUCGAUAUUAACUCUUUCGAUUUUGAUGUCGACAAUUACCAAUGGCUGAACAGCAUGCCUAGCGGGAUUCUUUAUUAGGAUACCAACGUUCAGAGGUCAUUAGCUCUCAGUUUCUACCUCAUCUAGCUUAACUAAUCUUUUCCAAAAUUAUUCAAAUGCCAUCUUAUUUCUAACACUCCCUAGAUGAGAUAUCCUCACCUCCACGAUAUCACCAUCAUUCAAAUAUUUGGGCUCUUUCAUCCCCAUAGCAACCCCAGAAGGGGUUCCCGUCAGAAUAACAGUACCCGCUUCCAACGUUGUACCUUGGCUGCAAAAGCUCACGAUCUUUUCAACGCCAAAAAGUAAGUCCCCCGUGCUAGUGUUCUGUCUUUCCUCUCCAUUCACAAAUGUUUGCAAGUGGAGUUCAUUCGCUGCACCGACUACGGAGGGGGACACUAGCAUAGGACUUAACGGCGCGAAUUUAUCGAACCCCUUACUGAAACACCACUGCGGAACGCCACCUGCCUUAGCAGGAUCUCGCUGCCAACCACGAGCGGAAACAUCAUUAGCGACGCAGUACCCUGCUACGUACUCGAGAGCAGAGGUUUCCGGAAUGUUCUUUCCUGUC